CACACACAAGCUCGACACUACAACCACAUCCAAACCCCACAUUACAGCUGCUUCCUUGCAUUAUUUUUGCCUUUGUAUCAAAGCUUCCUCCCACCCACAAUAUACAUACACCAACACUGUAAUACACACAUUCUUAUUCCACCGUUACUGACCCAAAAAUCAAAUCUUUGCUCUCAAGAUUUCAUCUUUUACCAAAUCUUAAUUCCAGGGCCUUCUUAAAUCAUCACCAGAACUACAUUCAACUAAUCUUUUUUCAAGUUUGCAUUACUUAUUUGGUGGGUUGUCAUUUUUAGAGCUAAACACACGCACAAAUCUUUGACAUCAAGAUCAUAUCUUUUUGCAAAUCUCACAGUUUUGGCGGGUCUGAUUUUUGAUCAUCAAAGUGUGAAAAAUGUAUGGGAGAGAUCCAUGGGGUGGUUCUUUAGAAAUUGCUGCAGAUUCUGGCACUGAUGAUGAUCGGAGCAGGAAUUUAAAUGAUAUCGAUAGGGCGGCACUAUCUAAGCCAUUGGAUGAGACUCAACAGAGUUGGUUAUUAGGCCCUCAUGAGCAAAAGAAGAAGAAAUAUGUGGAUUUGGGUUGUGUAGUUGUGAGUAAAAAGAUUUUUGUGUGGACUGUUGGUAUAAUUUUAGGAGCUGGUUUGAUUGCAGGAUUUAUUGCUCUUCUUGUUAACACUUUGCCACAUCAUCAUCCCAAACCUCCACCACCGGAUAAUUACACGCUUGCUUUGCGAAAAGCACUUAUGUUCUUUAAUGCACAGAGAUCCGGAAAACUUCCAAAACAUAAUAAUGUUUCAUGGAGGGGAAACUCUUGUUUACAAGAUGGGAAAUCAGAUCCUUCAUCUAUAAGCAAAAAUUUGGUUGGUGGUUAUUACGAUGCUGGCGAUGCAAUCAAAUUCAAUUUUCCACAAUCUUUUGCAAUGACCAUGUUGAGUUGGAGUGUGAUUGAGUACAGUGCUAAAUAUGAAGCUGCAGGGGAGCUUAACCAUAUUAAAGAUGUCAUUAAGUGGGGAACUGAUUAUCUUCUAAAAACUUUUAAUUCUUCUGCUGAUACCAUAGAUCGCGUUGUGAUGCAGGUAGGAAUUGGAGAUACCAGUGGAGGACCAAGUCCAAAUGAUCAUUAUUGUUGGAUGCGCCCUGAGGACAUUGAUUAUGAUCGACCUGUAACUGAAUGCCAUAGUUGCUCAGACCUUGCAGCAGAGAUGGCAGCUGCUCUGGCUUCAGCAUCUAUUGUUUUUAAGGACAACAAGGCAUACUCUGAGAAACUUGUUCAUGGAGCGAAAACCCUCUUUAAAUUUGCUAGAGAUCAGCGUGGCAGGUAUAGCGUAGGUACGGAGGCUGAAAUUUUCUAUAACUCCACUAGCUAUUGGGAUGAGUUUGUCUGGGGAGGUGCAUGGAUGUAUUAUGCUACGGGAAAUAAUUCUUACCUCUCCCUUUCUACUAAUAUCAAAAUGGCCACACAUGCUGGUGCUUUUUGGGGAGGCCAAGAUUAUGGUGUACUUAGUUGGGAUAACAAGCUUGCAGGAGCUCAAGUUCUUUUAACACGUUUGAGAUUGUUCUUGAGCCCUGGGUAUCCUUAUGAAGAAGCUUUAAAGACAUUUCAUAACCAGACCAGCAUAUACAUGUGCUCAUUCCUUCCUUUUUUCACUAGCUUCAACAGAACAAAAGGAGGGUUGAUCCAGUUAAAUCAUGGAAGGCCACAGCCUCUUCAGUAUGUUGUCAAUGCUGCUUUUUUGGCUACAUUAUUUAGUGACUAUAUGGAUGCUGCGGAUACACCUGGAUGGUACUGUGGACCAAAUUUCUACUCAACUGAUAUCCUCCGUUCAUUUGCUCAGACCCAGAUCGACUAUGUUCUUGGUAAAAAUCCUAGAAAGAUGAGUUAUCUUGUGGGAUUCGGCACUCACUAUCCGAAACAAGUCCACCAUAGAGGUGCAUCCAUUCCUAAAAACAAGGUCAAAUACAACUGCAAAGGAGGAUGGAAAUGGAGAGACACUACAAAGCCAAAUCCUAAUACUCUUGUCGGGGCUAUGGUUGCUGGCCCUGACAGGCAUGACGGUUUCCACGACAAGCGUACAAACUAUAAUUACACAGAACCAACUAUUGCAGGCAAUGCUGGUUUAGUCGCUGCCCUAGUGGCUUUAUCAGGUGGUAAAAGUACGCUCAUUGACAAGAACACCAUGUUCUCUGCAGUUCCACCCAUGUUUCCCCUCCCACCGCCACCACCAGCUGCUUGGAAACCUUGAAACCUCCGUAAGGGUCACUGUAGUUUAUCAUUUAUCCACGUUCGACUCAUGAGGUGAUAACUUUGCUUGAAGUUUUGUUUGAUAAUGAAUACACCAUAUAUAUUGAUUUACAAAGAAAAAAUGAGUUGGGAAAUAAGCACCACAUCAGUAUAAAACGGUGAAACAUGACACUGGAACAGUCUUAUAGGAGUGAACAUCAGAAUGGCAUUGGUGUGGCCAUCUUCUGUUUUCAUGUGAAAUUGUUAUAUAGCUUGUAUGUAGGAAAGAAAUCAACCAACUCUGAUGUUUGAACAUUUGUGAUUACAUAAUGCUCUGUUUUUCCCUUUU